CCCUUUUCUCUUUGCUCUUACUGAUACUGAUUCUCAGAGCAAAAUAUGCUGUGAAUUCCAUCAAGAAGAAAGUCAAUGACAAGAACCCACAUGUGGCCUUGUAUGCCCUGGAGGUCAUGGAGUCUGUGGUGAAGAACUGUGGUCAGACUGUCCAUGACGAGGUGGCCAACAAACAGACCAUGGAGGAGCUGAAGGAUCUGCUGAAGAGACAAGUGGAAGUAAACGUCCGGAACAAAAUCCUAUAUUUGAUCCAGGCCUGGGCGCACGCCUUCCGGAACGAGCCCAAGUACAAGGUGGUCCAGGAUACCUACCAGAUCAUGAAGGUGGAGGGACAUGUCUUCCCAGAAUUCAAGGAAAGCGAUGCCAUGUUUGCUGCUGAGAGGGCCCCGGACUGGGUGGACGCUGAGGAAUGCCACCGGUGCAGAGUGCAGUUUGGGGUGGUCACCCGCAAGCACCACUGCCGGGCAUGCGGGCAGAUCUUCUGUGGGAAGUGCUCCUCCCGGUACUCCACCAUCCCCAAGUUCGGCAUUGAGAAGGAGGUGCGUGUGUGUGAGCCCUGCUACGAGCUGCUGAACAAGAAAGCAGAAGGGAAGGCCGCCUCCACCAGUGAGCUGCCCCCGGAGUACCUGACCAGCCCCCUGUCUCAGCAGUCCCAGCUGCCUCCCAAGAGGGAUGAGACGGCUCUACAAGAGGAAGAAGAGCUGCAGCUGGCCCUGGCCCUGUCACAGUCCGAGGCCGAGGAGAAGGAGAGGCUGAGACAGAAGUCAACAUACACUGUGUACCCCAAGGCAGACCCCACGCCCACGGCCUCGUCAGCUCCACCUGCUAACAGCCUAUAUUCAUCCCCUGUGAACUCAUCUGCACCUCUGCCUGAGGACAUCGACCCUGAGCUUGCAAGGUACCUCAACCGCAACUACUGGGAGAAGAAGCAGGAGGAGGCCCGGAAGAGCCCCACACCAUCUGCACCUGUUCCCCUGGCGGAGCCAGCCACUCAGCCUACGGAGGGGCACACAACCCCUGCCAGCCUGGUAGAGACGCCCCUCCUGGAGGCUGACUGUCAGCCCGGGGCUCCCCCUGGGGGUCCCUUCAGUGAGCAGCAGUACCAGAACGGGGAGCCGGAGGAGAGUCACGAACAGUUCCUCAAGGCACUGCAGAACGCCGUCACCACCUUCGUUAACCGCAUGAAGAGCAACCACAUGCGAGGCCGUAGCAUCACCAACGACUCAGCCGUGCUCUCACUCUUCCAGUCCAUCAACAGCAUGCACCCACAGCUGCUGGAGCUGCUCAACCAGCUGGACGAGCGCAGGCUGCACUAUGAGGGUCUGCAGGACAAGUUGGCACAGAUCCGUGAUGCCCGGGGGGCCCUGAGCGCCCUUCGCGAAGAGCACCGGGAGAAGCUCCGCCGGGCAGCUGAGGAGGCUGAGCGCCAGCGCCAGAUCCAACUGGCCCAGAAGCUUGAGAUCAUGCGGCAGAAGAAGCAGGAAUACCUGGAGGUGCAGAGGCAGCUGGCUAUCCAGCGCCUGCAGGAGCAGGAGAAGGAGCGGCAGCUGCGGCUGGAGCAGCAGAAGCAGACCGUGCAGAUGCGCGCCCAGAUGCCCGCCUUCCCCCUGCCCUACGCCCAGCUCCAGGCCGUGCCCACAGCCGGGGGUGUGCUCUAUCAGCCCUCGGGCCCAGCCAGUUUCCCCAGCACCUUCAGCCCUGCAGGCUCAGUGGAGGGCUCCCCCAUGCACAGUGUGUACAUGACCCAGCCGGCCCCUGCCACUGGUGCAUACCCCAGCAUGCCUGGCACCACAGCAGAUCCCAGCAUGGUGAGCGCCUACAUGUACCAAGCAGGGGCUGCUGGGGCACAGGCAGCCUCCCAGGCCCAGGCCGGGCCCACCGCCAGCCCUGCUUACUCAUCCUAUCAGCCCACUCCCACACCGGGCUACCAGAACGUGGCUUCCCAAGCCCCACAGAGCCUCCCAGCAAUCUCUCAGCCCCCACAGUCCGGCACCAUGAGCUACCUGGGCAGCCAGUCAGUCUCCAUGGGCUAUCAGCCCUACAACAUGCAGAAUCUCAUGACCACCCUCCCAAGCCAGGACACAGCCUUGCCGCCCCCACAGCCCUAUGUCCCAGGGCAGCAGCCCGUGUAUCAACAGAUGGCCGCCCCUGGCGGUGCCCCACAGCAGCAGGGCCCCGUCGCCCAGCAGCCGUCUGCGCAGGGGCCCGUGGCACCGGGCAGCGAGGCCCAGCUCAUCUCAUUCGACUGAGCCGGACGGGGAACUCACGUCCAAAGUAACACUAGGUCCACCCAAACCGCUUCUGUCUCUAACUGGGUGUCGUGUCCGCCUCCCUCCUCCCCCCAAUAGCCUCCUUUCUCCGCAGCGCCGAGCCGCCUCUCUUCCUGUCCCCAGCCUGCUGCCCUGCCAGAACGUCUCUUAAUUUUUUUCCCCAGAGCUGGGCCUCGGGGAGGGAGGGUGGGAGGAGAGGACCAUCCCCGAAGGCGCACCCCCAGCCCGUGCCUCGGGUCUGUACGAGUGGUUAGAGCGGGACCCUAGACCUUCUGCCGGCUGCUAUGCGGUGUCCAGCAGCGGCCUCCGCCCCUCCCGGCCCCUUCACAGCACGGAGGAGGCGAGGCUCCGCGUCUCCAGCUUCUCUGCUUCUCAGCUGCCAUCUCCAGUGCCCCAGAACCGAACAGUGAUAAUAAAAAGUAUUUAAAGAAG